AACAUGUCUGCCUCCUGCCUGGUUGCACUUAGGGCAUCUCUGACAGGUGGCUCCUGCCGGUGGUUCCUCAGGCACGGCGCUCCAACACCGACAGUGUGCCACCGUCUGCGGCUUCAUGUCUUCCCCACCGCCGGACUGAACAGCUCCAGAACCGAACCGACACAGAGCUCCGAGGCUACCCACACUCCGACAGGGGGAGGUGGGGAGGAGGAGCUGGAAGGACCCGAGUAUAUCCCAAGGCGGAAGGCCAAGAACCCUAUGAUGAAGAUAGGUUAUGCUUGGAUGAUUGGACUCCCUGCUGGAAUAAUCGGCUUCAUUCUGGCGAAGAGACAAGUGGACAAAAACCGCCUGAAGCAGCUGAAGGUCAGGCAGAGGAUGAAACGAUCCAACGAGGGCGACUAUGAGGGGAGUCGAUAUCGCCAACACAGAGUGGAUCAGUGAAUAGAUCACACCAUGCGGGACUCCUGGACUUCGGCAUAAAGCCCUCAUUAAAACAAA